GGCCCAUUAGGGUUUUGUACUGAAACAACUCCUAUAUAAACAAUUCUUACAGGCCUUUUACUGGAAAGGUGAAACCCUAAUCUGUUGCCUUCAGUUGGAGCAGGAAGAGAGAGCCGGAUUGGAGAUCGAAUCAGUGGGGGUCAACAACAAUGGUGCACGUCUCUUUUUACCGUAACUAUGGGAAAACAUUUAAGAAGCCCCGUCGUCCCUAUGAAAAGGAACGACUAGAUGCUGAAUUGAAGCUUGUUGGAGAGUAUGGACUUAGGUGCAAGAGGGAACUCUGGAGGGUUCAGUAUGCACUAAGCCGCAUCAGAAAUGCUGCAAGAAAUCUUCUGACUCUUGAUGAGAAGGACCCUCGUCGUAUUUUUGAGGGUGAAGCCCUUUUGAGGAGGAUGAACAGGUAUGGACUGUUGGAUGAGAGCCAGAAUAAGCUCGAUUACGUCCUGUCCCUCACAGUAGAGAAUUUCCUUGAGCGCCGCCUGCAAACUUGUGUGUUUAAGGCAGGUAUGGCUAAGUCAAUCCACCAUGCUAGAGUGCUCAUCAGGCAAAGGCAUAUCAGGUGCGGAUGAUUUCUCAAUUUUAAUGA